GACCCGCUUGCAGUUAUUUUACGUUGGAAAUUGUUUUUGUGAAAAAUCUGGUAAAACUGGAAUCGAAAUGCGCGGAAACUUGCAGAAUUUUCGGGAUUGUAUCGAGUAGUUCGUGAAUUUACUAAAGUUUCGAUGAACAGUGAAGUGUAUUUGUGAAAUUUCUACUUUUUUACUUUGUGUUUCCAUCAGUUGCAGUACGGAGAUAAAAGAAAAGAUGCCAAUCAAAAGUGGACAUCGUGGUGCCCGUAGACGGGAUACACAGCUGCCGAUGGCAUUUGUCAACAACAAUCGGCGCCGUGGAAGAUCACCCCAACGGCAGCGAAUGGGACAGUUGACGGAGGAAUCGUCCGUGGUUAUGCAUUCCAGUGUGGAAAAUACGCUGAUACCGGUGGCUGGCAGCCAGGACGAAUCGUCCGAGCUGAUGGCGAGUAUGGAUGGGGAUCGUAGAUCACGUCGGCCAUCGACUCGGUUGACCGAUGUGGAUAUGAUACUGGAUGAGACGGGAAAUAGCAUGCAAAGCUGGAAGAGCAAAUCGUUCACCUCGAACGGAACAAACAUGAGCAUCAUCAACGUAGACCAGACGACGAUGAUCGAGCACGAGCGAGCCAAAUCGUCGGUUUUGCCCCGGUGGACCAGAAGCAAAUCGUUGGCUCCGGUCGGUGUGGAGCAAGAUGCUGAUGGGAUCCGUCGGAGUUCAAUAUUUUCGAUGGUUACGAAACGAAAUCGACGGCGAGGUCGGUCGGUUGUCAGAAACUCGUCACGAGAGGAAAUGGUUCGAAGCAACAGUCCCCUCGGUGAGAGGCAUGCGGGACAGGGAAUGGACCUAUCACAAAUCUCAGAAGAGCAACAAAAUUCUUCGGGCACUGGAAGCGUAGCAGGUAAUCCGAAGCCGUUUGUCAAGGAACUAGUGAUACAGACGAGGUCCAUGUUGAAGAAAGGAAAAAGGUGGUCACCAGCUCGAACCAAAACUAGGUAUCCAAGCAAAACUCAACCGGAUAAACCUUCGAAGGAAAAGGAUGAUAACAAGCAAGCAUCCACUCAAAAUAAGAGAGGACGCAAAAGAAAACAAAAACAACCAACUUCAGAAGUCGCUGAAGAACUUCCCGUGCGAGAACACGGCAAAGAAGCUCAACCGAAUGAGAAAACUCCGCUUGUUUCAUUAGUUACCCGCAGAAAGCGAAGGGAAUCGAAUCGCGAGCAACGAACACCGGAAGAGACAUCCAUCGUAGAUGCCAACCAGAACGUAUCUUCCACAUCGAAGGAACAAUUAGAAGCGGACGAAAGUGUCGCUAACUCUGCUACGUCUCGCCUGGAUUCUUUAUCCGAUCAGAGUAAAUCCAAUCCUUUGGACAAUUCUCAAUUUUCAAACGUUUCCAAACGAAAGCGGCCCAAACCUAUUCCCGAUAAAGCUCCUGAGGUGCCGAAAGAAUCGGUAAAUCCUGGGGAAAAUGUACAUGAAGCAUCCGCUUCGGAAUCGGAACCAACUAUGAAACGUGCUCGAACCCGAUCCGUCUCGCGAGCAAGACAACCCACUCAAGAACCCAAAAAAUCCACGGAAAAUCGCGGCCGAACGCGAUCAAGACAAACCGCGCCGGAGCAAAUAAACCUCACCACGCAUGAACCGGAAAAAUCAGCAGAAACCCGCGGUCGUUCUCGCAAGCGAGCCAUCUCCGAAUCUGCAAAGAUUGCCCCGUUUGAGCCCAUCAUGACCCGUCAUAGGAGUAAAUCCGUCCUUCGAACCGAAAUCACCAAGCCCAAAUCUCGGAGCAGAGCAAGAUCCCGCACCCGGACGCUUACCGCCAAGCCCGGCUCACCGAAAGCCGGCGGAACCCCCUCCCGAUCCAAAUCCGUUCCCCGUGGUAUCCUUUCACCACCUCCCGCCAAUCCAAACCAUACCACCGAUCACGUUCCAAUCUAUCGACGGUACGCCGAGCAGGUUCUCCAGCUGAACCGAAGCGUUCUACCCCGGCCGGAUGCGAUUCCCUUGCCGCCCGGGGAGGAUGUGUACAUGUUCGACUUACCUAGCCAGGACUCGACGACGACGACGACGGCCUCCAGUAGUGAUGACACCAAGAAGACCAAGGGAUCGACCGCGAAGAAACGACCACGACUGGCAACGAGUGUGUCGUCCCGCAGUAGGAAGACUCCGGUCAAGCACCAUACGACCGUGUUCGGAACGGACAUGGGAAAGAUUUGCAGCGUGGUGAAGAAGAUCGGCGGAGGACUGGUUCAACGGAUGGCGGAAGACGGAGGAACGUCGGCGAACAGGAACGUUGUGCACACAUCAACCCUGGCCGCCAUGGUGCAAUCGCUGCAGCCAUCCAACGCCCUGAACAUUGCUCCACGGAGCCCUUCACCGGCCGUAUCUACCCAUGACAUGGCAGUCGCCGACGAUCACCAUCAUGACUACGAAGACGAAGGACACCACGACUUCGACGAGGAAAACAUCCCCACAGUGGAACUCCCAACCCCGCUCUCACCGCCCCGAUUGAACCCCCAAAUACAACGAGUCUUGCAACGGCAGCCACCUCCCACGGUCAACACUCCGGACAAAGCGCAGCCGCAUUCCUCCACACCAGACUUCUCCCCGCAGGCCUCUUCUUCGCCGUGGCGGGUUCAAAACGAAAACAUCCUCCCGAAAACGUUCUAUUACUCCCGCUCCAAGGACCAGCUGCCAUCCUACGAAAGUGACCUCGUCGUUCGGAAUGAAAACCACCAGACAACGGUGAACCCGCAGGAUAUACUACCGGUGGCCACGGAACCGGUUCAUCCGAAGCGAACGUCCCCCAAGCACCAGCACUCGUUUGUGCGUCCGACCGCCGUCCCACCGACGGCAGUCUCCUCCGCCGUGUUCAAGGACAUCCAAAAGUCCUACGAACAGCUGAAAGCAACCAGCGAAAUGAGCGAUAAGCUCAUCACCGCCAUGAGGAAGUACAAAUCCAACGUGCAGAACCAGACGGCUGCCUCGUUUGGGGACGACAGCACUGCGGAAGAGCUGAUUGCCAGGUUCCGAAAGUACGAGGAAAACAUGAAGCAGACGUACCAAAAGUUGCAACAGUGGUUCAAGCGAUCACAGCGGACCUUAGCAGACUCGAUGAAGGCGAUCGAGCAAACUUCGUCCGUUCCGAAGACCCCGGCCCAGCUGGCAGUGGUGGAAAAUUUCCGCCGUAAUUCGGAACGAUUUGUGACGAUGAUCAACGACCUGGAAUCGGCCAUGAACGAUUCCAAUAUCGAAAACAUUUCCCCUUCGAAACCGGUGGAAAUCCGCGGGCGUCCGCCGUUCAAGGAUAUCAUCCUCACCGAGAGGAAUCGAAACGAUCGUAACCGAAGUCCCCUGAAGACGCUGGAUAUUACGAAUGUACCACCGAGGUUCUCUCCGAUCAACUCACCGCUGGUGAAGGCGUCGUUCACUUCGUUUUCCGGCAAUCGAACAAUGCUACAAUCCAAGAGCAGGGAUCGUUUCAGCAAGCUGAGUCUGAUCAAGCCAAGUCCCGUUCCUAUCGAAACGGAAAGGUUGGCCGCUGUGCCAGCGGCAGCGAAGAAGAGUGUAAUAGAAAUAGCCGAUACAGUGGUGGAAGAUCAUCCGGCGAUCAACGAGGUGACCAAACAGCAACCAGAAAAAGAUCUGUUCGGUUUCGAAACGGAUGACGAGCAAGAGGAAGAAGCGUCUGGUGGAGUUCCUCCGGUGGAACCAACGCCGAUGAAGAUUACCCGCGAAACGCUCAAGGAACGAUUGCAGAGCGUACGGAAGCUGCUUCCAACACCAGGUCGAUUCGGAUCGGCGUCCAAAUCUCCCACCAUUCAGCAACGGUCGCAGCAGCACGCACCUAGGAUCUUCAACAGUCCCCAACGGAAGAAGGUGCAGUCGAUUCAAAAUGCUUUCAGUGCUUCGACGCCCUUGGCCGAGAAGCGGAAUCAGCCGAAGGGACGGGGGGAGCAAGAUCCUAACAUUUCGGCCAUUAGGACGUCUACUGAUCCUACGAUGGAGGUGGAACAGGCGAAGAAAGCUGCUGGCGCACCGAGGAGACAGGAGAGCCCACCGGCAGCUUUGUUCGACGAACCGGAACUGGCUAAUGUGAGCCGAACGUACAGCCGCGUUCCACGGAGGAACUUGAAGCGCAAACCGAACAUCUACCUGGUCAAUCUGGGUAUCAGUGACGACGACGAGGAGGAAGAACCGGACCCCGAAGCAGCCGACUCGGACGAUUGGACGGAACAGGACAAGGGAAAGAAACGCAAGAAGGCCAAGAAGCAACGUGCUCCAACGCAAAAGAGGAAGAAGAAAACCGUUGAACAGAGUGCCGAAUUCAAAAACUAUGUCAGCGAGUUCAACAGCAUGUGCGACCAAGUGAACCGGUAUCAGUUGGUGAUCGAGAAGCCAACCGUUCAGCAGCCAGUGUAAAGCGUGAAAGCACGAUCAUCGAGGGAUUCUUCCCAAUUAGGAAGGUAUAUUUUCGAUCUGUAGUUUGUGUUUGGCAUUUAGUCAGUUUUUUUUUCCUACUGUAUACUUUUUACAAUCAGUGAAUCAGUUUAGGUAAGAAUUUUAAUCCUUCGAGGAGAUUGUUUUUGAUACACAAUUUUUUACAUGGAAUACUUUUUUUAACUCAUUACUCAUAUCUUUGUACGUCAUUGUUUUUUUUUAAUAAG